AUGGUAUCCUCUACACCUCAGAUCAACGACCGCUUCGAGUUCGAAACCAGCUCAUGCGAAGUUGAGCGCUGGCGCAUGGGAAUUGAGGGGAUAGAACGCAUACGGCACCAACCUCCUCCAUCCGUCACCCUACGCAACAAUGGAGUGGUGCUCCAAGACGCCGCACCAGCAGUACCAGAGUCGAUGGACCUGAUCAGCCCUGCCACCGUCGACUGCGUAUCAGGCAUAUUUUCUAACUUCGAGACGCCGGGUCUUGUCGUCACGCAGCGUGAGCGUCGUGCAUCUAUGUCCACGUCUGCCAGCCAGAUCGCGCAGGCCGGUGCUCCUGUCCUUAGCCAAGAAGAUACGACUGAGGCAGAAGAGGGAGUGAUGGAGGAUGCUCCUCUUCGUCGAUCCUGGAAGCCAGUGGACAGCACCAGCAUCAAGUCAUCGGGCUCCAAGCGCAAGCGGAGCCCAGGCGGGGGCACUAGGGAGAACAUAUUUCGCAAAGCAAGCCGGGGCGCCAAGCAGGCCAUCUCAGACAUGGCCGCGUUUGUGAAGCGAGACUCGGGCUACGCCUCGCUUCCGUCGAGUCCUUUGAACAAGACGCCUGCCACGCCGUCGUCGCUACUGGGCGUCAGUUUUCCGAAGGAAGAAGUGGCUCAGAGCCCUCCGGGAGGGUUUGGCAAUGCGGUGCUUAAACCGCCUCCUCCAGGCUUGGUCCUCGCCGAAUCCUGGUCAGAAGAGCCGUCGUCUGAAGAGUCGUCUUCCGAAGAACCGUCACCGGCCACAUCGACGUCUGAGGAGCGGAGACCCAAAAGGAAUCUAAUCGGCAUCAAAGCGCGAGACUCCGUGGAACACAUGCGAGACAUGGGCCUGCAAUUGCAUCGCGUUGACGCAAACGUCGAGCUCCCUACCACAAGAGGCAGAGGCAAGUCGCUGUUCACGAGGAGCAUCAUCCCCCCGGAAUGCGCCAUCAACCCUGAGGCCUAUGCAUACGCCAUGGCCGCGUGCGAGAAGAAAGACGGGUUGAUGUUAGCAAGGCUUCGCCGCAUGUCGAAGAGCUUCUUCGGCCGUCGUUCGGCGCCGCCGGUGGCGAGGGAGCAGAAUGUCGACCAUGAGGAUCCGAAGGUGCGGAAUCAGUUCGCCGAUGUCCUUGAGAAGUCGCUCAAAGAUGUUGAGACAGAGCGGGAGAAGAGGUUCCGUGCGAUGGAUGGUAAUCGUACGUCCGAGGCUACGCAGCAGCGCGCGGCCGAGUCUUACAGGGCAGAGGCGAGCGAGCGACGGGAGAGAUUUGCGGAAGCUGGGGUGCUGGAUCCGGAUGAGGAGGAGAGGGAGGACUUUCGGGGGAGAAGGUUGCGGAGUAGGCAGGCGGAUCUCUAUAGGCAUCUGUAA